CCUCUUGGGCCCGCCUGCCCUCUAACCUUCCCUCCUUGGUGCAUAUAUAGACCAUGCGGGCCUAUGAGAGGUCUCCUGGCCGCCACCAUGAAGGGUCGCAUGGUCUCCGUCUGCUGCUUCGUCUCGCUGCUGCUGCUUUUGCAGGCCACUGCAGAGGAAGAAGAAGACCUCACGUCCGUGCUCAGAGAUAGGUCUCACAUCGAGGAGACUCUGCGAUUUGCCACCGAGGAAAAAGCAGCAGACUAUGCAGCGGCUGUGCAGAGGUUGCGCAAGAUCUACCACUCCUCCAUCAAGCCCAUGGAGCAGGCCUACAAGUACAACGAGCUGAGGCAGCACGAGAUCUCAGCCUACCCUGGACGAACCCUGGGGGACGCAGCCACAGAUGGCGAAAUCACAUCGAAGCCCAUGGUUCUGUUCCUGGGACCCUGGAGUGUGGGAAAGUCCUCUAUGAUUAAUUACCUCCUGGGCUUGAACGACAACCCCUACCAGCUGUACACAGGAGCUGAGCCCACCACCUCCGAGUUCACCGUCAUCACGCACGGCGAAAAGAUCCGAUCGGUGGAGGGCAUCGUGAUGGCAGCGGACAGCUCUCGCUCCUUUUCCCCGCUGGAGAAAUUUGGGCAAAACUUCCUGGAAAAGUUGAUUGGGAUCGAAAUGCCCCACAAGCUGCUGGAGCGCGUGACUUUUGUCGACACGCCAGGAAUCAUCGAGAACCGCAAGCAGCAGGAGAGAGGCUACCCCUUCAACGACGUCUGCCAGUGGUUCAUCGACCGCGCCGAUCUGAUCUUUGUGGUCUUCGACCCCACCAAGCUGGACGUGGGUCUGGAACUGGAGAUGCUCUUCCGCCAGCUGAAGGGGCGCGAGUCGCAGAUUCGCAUCAUCCUCAACAAGGCCGACAACCUGGCCACCCAGGACCUGAUGCGAGUGUACGGAGCACUGUUCUGGAGCUUAGCGCCGCUCAUCAACGUGACGGAGCCGCCCCGGGUCUAUGUCAGCUCUUUCUGGCCCUACGACUACGCCGCCGACACCAGUCGCGAGCUCUUCAAGCGGGAGGAGAUCUCCCUGCUGGAGGAUCUCAACCAAGUGAUUGAAAAUCGCAUGGAAAACAAGAUCGCUUUCAUCCGCCAGCACGGCAUCCGAGUUCGUAUCCACGGGCUCUUGGUGGACCGCUACGUCCAGACCUUCAAGGAGAAGAUGAGCUUCUUCAGCGACCCAGAACUUGUCUUCAAGGAGAUCGUUGACGACCCGGACAAGUUCUACAUCUUCAAAUCCAUCUUGGCCAAGACCAACGUCAGCAAGUUCGAUCUGCCGAACCGCGACGCCUACCGCGACUUCUUUGGCAUCAAUGCCAUUGCAAGCUUCAAACCCUUGUCAGCCCAGUGCUCCUACAUUGGAGGCUGCCUGCUGGAGAAGAUCGAGAAGGCCAUCACCAACGAGUUGCCCGCUCUAUUGAGCAGCAUCAACUCCGGCAAGCAGCCCGGCCUGUCUUCCUGUGAGGCCACUGGCUGUGGGGAGAAGCCCAAAAACCGUUACCGCAAGAAUUGACAUUAAGCACAACGCAGGGGGAGGGAGCAAGGAAGCAAGGAAGGCUACAGGGGAGGUCAAGAAAAAGACAGGGCUCUGAUGUAGGGCCAACCCUGAUUCAGAAGACUUGCAACAACCAGAGAAUGGAUAGCCGAGCUUUAUUUUCUUCACCAGAGAGGCAUUUUAGGGACUGGGGAUGAGGCAAGAUGGUGGGAGGGGUGGCUCAUUGUCUGAACAAGGCAGCUUGCAAAGGAGUUGAAAAAUUGAACUGUCUGCAAGUCUUGGGGGAGGGGGGACUCACUUGUAUGUGAAUAAAACAGGAAGUAGAAAGA